AUGAUUUUUCUUCCUUUGCUCCUGACCUGUCAGUCGGUACAAUUUGUUCAAAACCUGGCACCCAAUGGAACCCCUAACCAAAAUGUAUUCAAAGCGGAAAACGUCUUUACCUUGUACUUCGUUGACAUUGAAAUUACAGCAUUUCGUUCGUCCAUUUUUUUGUUCAUCCUUUCUACUCCGUCCUAUUCUUUCUUUGGAUUUUUGCCAAAUCGAUGUAUCAUCAAGUGUGCCAUAUAUCAUUGGAACAAUAAUCUCAUAUCUAUCUAUCUAUCUAUCUAUCUAUCUAUCUAUCUAUCUAUCUAUCUAUCUAUCUAUCUAUCUAUCUAUCUCAGUCUGUUCAUAUCUGUCUCUGUUCCUAUCUAUCUAUCUAUCUAUCUAUCUAUCUAUCUAUCUAUCUAUCUAUCUAUCUAUCUCAGCCUGUUCAUAGCUAUCUCUGUUUCUAUCUAUCUAUCUAUCUAUCUAUCUAUCUAUCUAUCUAUCUAUCUAUCUAUCUCAGCUUGUUCAUAUCUAUCUAUCUCUGUUCCUAUCUAUCUAUCUAUCUAUCUAUCUAUCUAUCUAUCUAUCUAUCUAUCUAUCUAUCGCAGUCUGUUUCUCACACUAUCUCAGUCUGUUCAUAUCUAUCUAUCUAUCUAUCUAUCUAUCUAUCUAUCUAUCUCUCUCUCUCUCUCUAUAUAUAUAUAUAUAUAUAUAUAUAUAUAUCGCAGUAUGUUCCUUACUCUAUCUCAGUCUGUUCAUUAUCAUCUAUCUAUCUAUCUAUCUAUCUAUCUAUCUAUCUAUCUAUCUAUCUAUCUAUCGCACUCUGUUCCUCACUCUAUCUCAGGGUCCUCUCUCGUUUCUCUCUCUCUCUCUCUCUCUCUCUCUCUCUCUCUCUCUAUCUAUCUAUCUAUCUAUAUAUCUAUCUGUCUAUCUAUCUGUCUAUCUAUCUAUCUAUCUAUUUCAAGCUAUGUAUGUCUAUCUAUUUAUCUAUUUAUCCCAGGCUCAUCAUUAUCUAUCUAUCUAUCUAUCUAUCUAUCUAUCUAUCUAUCUAUCUAUCUAUCUCAGGCUAUUUAUAUCUAUCUAUCGAUCAACCUGUCUAUCUCAAGCUGUUCAAAUUUCUCUCUCUCUUUCUGUUUCGCUAUAUAUAUAUAUCUAUCUAUCUAUCUCAGUCUGUUCAUAUCUAUCUAUCUAUCUAUCUAUCUAUCUAUAUAUAUAUAUAUAUAUAUAUAUAUAUAUAUAUAUAUAUAUCUCUCAGUUUGUUCAUAUCUAUCUAUCUAUCUAUCUAUCUAUCUAUCUAUCUAUCUAUCUCUGUUCGUAUCUAUCUAUGCCACUCUAUUCAUAUUUAUCUCCUUGACUGUCGUUCAUCUGCAUACAGAAUCAGCAGGAAACCAUUUUGAAUCUCUUUCACCGGUCGAUAAUUGCCAUGCCUUGCCAACUUUCUCAAAUGAGAGCGCCAGAAGGCGUGCAUGUUUUCUGCCAUGA